CAAGCAGCGACGCUUCGUUUCGCGAACGCCCUAGGGAGAGGGGAAGUUCCUUUUGAACAUGGAUCUGCAGAUGCUGUUGCUGCGAGAUGGGAUCGAGGUACCACAACUGAAACGAGUAGAAUUGAGUACCGCAGUCAUGCGACCAUUGGCGAAGACGAUUUCUUGGAGGAGGACGCAGCAGCGUCAGUAACUGCAGCUCGGUCUGUUGGUAGUGAGUUUCCUUUGCGGUAUCUCACUUCAUCGACCUCUCCCGCGAAGACGAAAACGAAUUCGAAUCUGAGCAGUAAAGUAGAGUACAAGAGCGGAUAUUUGGUUCGGAAGCAGCUCUUUUUCCAGGAGCUGCUCUGCUCCGUGCCGCGAAGUACUUCUCUGGUAGCUGCAAGAAGACGGAGACAGGAGAGGAAUGUUCAACGACGUGCUAGAAGUACUAUGUCUAUGGAGAAACAGAUGAACAAUGCUACAAGAACUCAACGACGCCCUAGGACGUCAAGGACGCGGUCUUCUAGCUCUGGGACGAACGAUGUGCGGCGCUCUAGGAGUCUAGGUCGCUUCCAUAGAAGGGCUGGGGGCCAAUCUUUACGACAUGAUGCAAGUACGACCGCUUCGCCUUCUAGAG